AUGUCAUUAAAUACAUCAACUUCAAGAUCUACUAUUACUACAUCUAAGAGAAAUCCUUCAUCACCUUCUCCACCACUUCCUCCAUCUCUGGUUCUUGAUCUAAUAAAUCAUCAUCCUGAAUUACGCCUUCCACAACCACAACCACAACCAAUUAUUACUUCCCCACCACGAAUGAUGACACCUGAUGAAUUUUCUCUUGGUUCAUGGCAUAAUAUUGAUAUACGUGUUCCUGAAAGUAUUUUAUCUUCUGAUGGUGAAGAAUUAGAUUUAGAUGGUAAUUUGCCUCAUAAUAUAUGUGAUGCAUUAGUUCUUGAAUCAGAAGAAGAAGAAGAAGAAGAAGAACAGGAAGAACAGGAAGAAUCACCCCAACAAGAAGAUAAGGAUAAACUUAUUAUGCCAACUAUGACUAUGCAAUCACAAUAUAAACCAAAAAUAACUAUUCUAUCAAAUAAUGACGUUAAUUCAUUUGUAAUUCAAUGUUUGGAAGGUAUUGCUGAUAUACAAUAUUCUAAUUUAGAUACUGCUCUUACAAAAAGAAAUCCCAACACCACAACUGCAACCACUAGAAGUACUAAUACAGAUAUGGUAUUAAUGGUGAAUGAUGAUCAUUGUGAAAUAGAUGGACAAAUUUGGGAAGAUAAUAAUAAUAAUAAUAAUAAAUUGAGUAGUAACUGUUAUUCUUAUUCUUGUUAUUAUCAUGAUCCAUUAGGAGUUAUAUUUAUUGAUAAUUGGAGUCUUUUAUUUGGAUUUUCAAUUGGAUUAGGUUUAGGUAUGGGUAUUGCCUUUGGUAUGGUAUCAAUAGUAGAAAAAUUAUUACCCCUGGUUCUGGCAACAACAACAACAACAAUAACAACACCAGAAGUUAUUACUAGUAAUACUACUGAUUUAAGUAAAGAAAUGAAUUAUUUAACUAUUUUUAGUAAGAAAAUUGUUGAAUAUAUUAAAGGUGGUUGGGUAAUUGUUAUAAAAUUUUUUUCAUAA